AUGGAGGUGCACGCCGACGUCGAUGGGUCCGGUGUGCCCCUGGCCGUGCUCCUCAAGCGGGAGCUGUGGAACCAGAAGGUGGAGAGGCCGGACAUCCUGUUCGGGGAGGCCAACAAGAGCAAGAAAGGGGAGGACUUCACGCUCCUCAUGCCUAGGUGCCACGCACCACGGGCGAAGGCGGCAGCAGUGGCAGCGGCGGCGAGAAUACAGGCGACGACGACACCAUUUCCGUGUUUGCGUAGUAGCAUGAUUGAUAGGCCUAAUUUUGCGAUUUUUGAUGGACACAAUGGCUCUACAGCUGCCAUAUACACCCGGGAGAAUCUAAUAAACAAUGUGUUGGCUGCUAUACCUCCAAAUCUCACAAGUGAGGAGUGGACAGCUGCGUUGCCAAGGGCACUAGUUGCUGGUUUUGUAAAAACAGACAAAGACUUCCAAACAAAAGCUGCACGUUCAGGGACCACUGUGACAUUUGUUAUAAUAGAUGGAUGGGUUGUCACUGUAGCAUCAGUUGGGGAUUCACGAUGUAUUCUAGAAUCUGCUGAGGGUUCAGUAUAUUUUUUAUCAGCAGAUCAUCGCCUGGAUGCUAAUGAAGAGGAGGUGGAGCGUGUAACAGCAAGUGGUGGUGAAGUUGGGAGAAUAAAUAUUGCUGGGGGUGCUGGGAUUGGUCCACUCAGAUGCUGGCCAGGUGGAUUGUGUCUAUCAAGGUCAAUUGGUGAUAUCGACGUCGGGGAAUUUAUAGUUCCUGUCCCACACGUGAAGCAAGUAAAGUUGUCCAAUGCUGGUGGACGGCUUGUCAUUGCCAGUGACGGUGUGUGGGAUGCCCUGCGUUUUCAAGAGGCUCUGAACUACACCAGGGGUCUGCCAGCUGAAGCUGCAGCUAAUCGAAUUGUUAAGGAAGCUGUCACUUCAAAGGGAUUAAGAGAUGACACUACUUGCAUAGUAGUUGACAUACUACCUCCAGAAAAGUUAAGCCCCCCACUAAAGAGGCAUGGAAAAGGAGUCAUCAAAGCUCUGUUCCGUCGGAGGCCCUCUGAUGAAAUGUCUGAAGACCAGAUGGACAGAGGAUGUUUGGAACCUGAUGUUGUGGAGGAAAUAUACGAGGAGGGUUCUGCAAUGCUUGCUCGAAGGUUGAAUAUAAAUUAUCCAGCAGGAAAUAUGUUCAAGCUGCAUGCUUGUGCUGUCUGCCAAUUGGAGAUGAAACCUGGUGAGGGCACCUCUGUUCAUGGUAACAUGCCCAAGCAUUCAAGAGUUGACCCCUGGGGUGGUCCUUUUCUCUGUUCCUCCUGUCAAGUGAAAAAGGAGGCCAUGGAAGGGAAGCUACAUUCAAGAAAUUCCCAAUCUGCUGUCCAACCUGUGCCUAAGUAG